GUCUCGCACCAAGGACACACCUCCACUCGGCUGCUCCUGCGACAAGACACAUCUCAGAGGCUCAUUCCGGAGGCGUUGAUACUGUUAUUGCAGGAUGAGGAUUCAGUUGCUGUUGUGCGCCCUCGGUGCUGUGGGCGCACUGGGAUUCUCCGAUGAGUAUUACUUAUGGGCAGCUGACCUGCAACCUGGUUACGUAAUAGAGGAGUUCCUGAAGAAUGGCCGGACCUGUCAUUGCAAGGUGCCCGGAAAUUUCACUAGCACCACCACCUCCACCACGAGCACUACAUCUACUAGUACAAGUACGACUUCUACAACCACUACAACUUCUACAAGUUCUACGUCUACAACCACUUCGACCUCUACUUCGACAAGCACUUCUACAAGUACGGUGACUUCCAAAUCUACAACCACUACAACCUCCAAAUCCACAAACACAUCAACAACCACAUCUACAAGCUCGUCAGGUUCCACAUCUACAAGCACUUCUACAACCACCACAACUACAUCCACAUCAACAACCACAUCUACAAGUACUACAACGUCAACAUCUAAAAGAACGACAACUUCCACAUCUACAAGCACUUCUACAACUACAUCCACAUCAACUUCCACAUCAACAACCACAUCUACAAGUACUACAACGUCAACAUCUAAAAGAACGACAACUUCCACAUCUACAAGCACUUCUACAACUACAUCUACAAGUUCGUCAAGUUCCACAUCUACUAGCACUUCUAUAACUACAUCCACAUCAACUUCCACAUCUAUAAGCACUUCUACAACCACCACAACUACUUCCAUAGCAACAACCACAUCUACAAGCACGUCAACAUCUACAUCUACUUCUUCAACCAUUACAACUACAUUAACAUUUACAAUCACUAAAACUUUUACACAUUUACAAGCACCAUAA